CUGAUGGGCGCCGAGACCGAGCACUGGGCCGAGCUGCUGCCGGCCAAGGCCGUCUACACGGUGAGCAACAUUGGCGGCAGCGCGCUCAUCAACUUCCUCACGGUCUUCUUCGCCGCGUCCUUUGACAAGUUCCAGAUCGGCAUGCUCCAGACGAUCCCGGCCGUCUGCUCGAUCCUCGCGCCGCCGCUCUGGGGCGCCAUCUCGGACGUCCUCCGCAAGCAGCGCCUCAUCCACAUUACGUGCUUGGUCUCUGGCACGUUGCUCAUGUACGCGAUCCAAUUCGCCUCGUCGAGUUUUCUCUGGACGUGUGUGCUCGUCUUCCUCGGCAACUUUCAAGGCAACCCCGCAGCGUCGCUUACCGACCAAGUGGUGCUAGCGCUCACGGAGCGUCUCGGCGCCGAGUACGGCAAGCAGCGACUCUAUGGCGCGGUGGGCUACGGUCUUGGCGCGUAUGGCGCAGGCGUCAUCGUCGCGCACUAUGGCAUUGCCUGGGCGUUCCACCUCAACUUGAUCUUCUUGGUGCCCACGCUGCUCGUGCUGCAGCUGAUCCCGCCGUCCGACGCCAAUGACACGAUUGCGUCGCCGUCGUCGCCAGCGUCCCCUUUGUUUGCCGUCGGGAUGCGCACCCUCAUGAAGCGCAAGGACGUGCUCGGACUGCUCUUUGUUGUCUUCCUCCUCGGGCUCAUGUGCGGCACCAUGUCGGCGUUCCUCACGCUCAAUUUGUAUGAGCUCAGUGGCGGGUCGGCGCAGAUCGUCGGCAUUGCGAUCUUUUGCGAAACCUUCUCGGAGCUCCCGGCCUUCUACUUUGCCGACGCCAUCAUCGCCAAGCUCGGGACGGUCAAGGUGCUCGCGAUUUCGAUUCUGGCAUAUGGGAUCCGCCUCACGUGCUAUGCGCUCAUGACGAACGCGUGGUAUGUGCUGCCGAUCGAGCUUCUCCACGGCUGCACGUAUGGCCUCGCGUGGGCCGCGAGCACCAAGUACAUUUUCGCCGAAGUGCCGCGCGGCACGGAAGGCUUGAUGAUGGGCAUCCUCAGCGCGGUGCAAACAGGCCUCGGGCGCGGCGUCGGCACAUCGGUUGGCGGGUACCUCUACAACACGUACGGUGCGAGCUGCAUGUGGGCGGCGGCCGACAUGGGCGUGCCGCUGGCCUUCGUCGGUCUCUACAUCUUUUCGUGCACGAUGCCGACGCACAAAGCAGAGACAACCGCCGCUGAGUCGAGUCCGCUUUUGGUGUAA